AUGAACGAAGAACUUCCUGUGGCUCCACUUGUUAUGAAGCCCACAAGAAUAUACAACUAUACUCAGCUGAUAGCGUGUCUGAAGGCGAAGCAACAGAAACUGUCAAGAUACAAGGCUUCAAUACCGCCUAGUCCCUUCAAAGGUAUCCUUGGGCCCAAGCAAUGCCAAUUUGAUGUUGAGGACAUAGUUAAUGGGUUUCUGCAUGAAAAGCUUAGGGCCAGGCAAAGGGAACAUGAGAAGUCUAUGGACAAGAUGUUUUCCCAAUGUGUCAGGAGACAUAUUAAGGAGCUGAAGAGGGAAAACGAUCUUUUUGUGGUUGGGAACAGCAAGAUUGGAGGGAGGAUCAAGGCUUUGGAAGAUGUGUUUGACAAGGAUUUUGAAGACAAAGAGGGGGCCAAUAUCGCUGAAAUGGAAGGGAAGGGCAAGUUCUUUGACGAUGCUUUCCUUCUUGACAUGUAUAUGUUUCUUAAGAGACUGAAACCUUCGGACUCCUUUGAUCAAGAGAUUAAGUUUCUUGGAGAUGAAUACUUGAGAUAUGUGGAGAGGUUUCUAAAGGAGAAUGCAGACAAGAUUAAAGAGCCACUUUGGGGGGAAGAAGACAAGAUUUCUGUUUUUACCAAGCUUCGAUAUAGCAAGGAGGAAUAUGGCCUCGAAGUGUAUGAGGGGAGAUAUAUGUUUGCAGAGCUCUACACUCUUUUUAGAUGUGGACUCUUGGAUUCUGCAAAGGGACUUCUUGAGCGAUUCCAUGUUUUUUUUGAGCACAUUUCACACAGAUUCAAAACAAGCUUUGGUAGUUGGAUUACCACAAGAACAAAACCGGCAGUUCCUGUCAAGAUAGGGGGUUCUGACGACCUUUUCAAGGCGUUUCUUCUCGGAUUGAUGGAUGAAAAAAGCAGAAGGAUGGAUGAAAGGAUUAUUGGCAGCAUUGAGGAUUUUGUGUGGAUGAAUCUGAUCUCGAUUAACGAAGGGAGAUCUGCCUCUGAGAUUUUGAAGAUGUUUAGGAACUACCAGAAUCCAAAGGGCCUUUUCCUUGCAUAUGUGAUGCUUAAGGACUAUGAUAAAGCAAUGAGCUUGAUGUUCAAGGGAGACUUCUCUAUAAUUCCAUCUUAUUUCAUAAUGAAAGCCCUCUGUCCUCGAUGCAAGAAUAAGAAAGUGUUUGUGGACUUUGUGUUCUUGGCAGCCUCCCGAUUUUCAUCGACUACAAGAAAGGUCGAAAUUAUAAGCUCCUUGAAGUCUGUAAUAGAAGGAUACUAUGAGAUAGUUCCCGAAAUGAUAGUCAAGAUGGGGCUAUACGAUGUACUUGGGAUUGAUUCUGGAGCCUGUUUAUACCUCGAUAAGAAAGUUAACCAGAAAGUUAUCGAGAUACUGAAAGGAAAGAAUGAGAAGAAGAAAUUAAUCAAGCUCUACUAUUUGAUUGAUGAUGAAACACUUGUUGUGGAUCUCAUUAACGAAGCGGUUACCGAGGCAAUUCUCUCAGAUACGGACAUUGACGAAUAUCUUGAGAUUAUCGAGUACUAUGAAAGGGUGGAAUGUACAAGACAGACCCGAAUGAUGUCUGCAUUGAAGAGCUUCUACUUGUUCAAAAGAAAUCCCUCUCCCUCUACACUUGGAGAAACCCCAUUGCUUGACUCAGACUUUGAUCUGACGAACUUCCGAUAUGUAGUUGAAAAGAUUUUUAAGCCAGCAUGCGACAUUGUGGAGAAGAUGGGAGACAACGAGAUGGCAAGGACCUUGUUUAAGCUUUGUGGAGUUCUUGGACUUGGAGACGAGAUGUCAAGCUAUGCAAACAGACAUCUUGUACUACUUAUAUGA